UGGAAUUCAAGGAGAGAAACAUACUUCCUUAGGUAAGCAGCUUCUGACGGCCCCACUUGGAGACGUCAGUACCCCCACCUAGACAGGAUGACGGGGCAGUGCGCAACGACACAACCCGGCUCCGAACCGUGAUAUAGCUUCCGGAGCAGCAGCAACUUGGUACUUGUCGGACGGGAUCCAAAGCUCAUCCAAGCUCACGAUGCCCGCCUACAACUCCGUCUUCAACGGCGACCCCUCGCCGCGCCUGGUCGGCAACUUUCCGCUGCUGCCGCUGCGCACCAAGACGCGCGGCCCGGCCUACACGCUCCCCUACCCGAACCCUCCCGUACCGCUCAACGACGCGCCCGAGCCCGAUAGCGAGAGCUACGACAUCCUGGACGAGGUGCUGCUGCUCUUUCGCGCAAACACCUUCUUCCGCAACUUUGAGAUCCAGGGCCCCGCCGACCGGGUGCUGAUAUACGGCAUCUUGUUUGUGAGCGAGUGCCUCACCAAGAUCAAGCCCACCGCCGGCGUGCGCGACGCGACCAAGGAUGUCCAGAACCUCGCGCUUGACAACAACUUUGCCAUCCCCGGGGACCCAGGCUUCCCGCUGAACCAGAUGUACGAAGCACCCCGCGACAGACAAGACGCUGAGCUUCUUCGUCAGUACAUGGCGCAAUGCAGGCAGGAGUUGGCAAUUAGAUUAUUGGCACGAGUGUACGAGGAGGGUGGUGACGGAAAGCCGAGCAAGUGGUGGCUGAGCUUUACGAAGCGCAAGUUCAUGGGAAAGUCGCUUUAAAUUGGGACUUGAACCUCAAGCAAUGCGGUGUGCCUGUGAUCGUUGAACGAUGCCACCUAAUGAACAUUGACAGAAGACAAAAGUAUCCAGGGCUGGGAAUGAUGGUCUACGCGGUGUAAAUAUUGCAAACAAUCAGCAUAAACGGAAUGCAGAAUUCCAGGUUGGCCAAUCUUUGUAUUCUUACAUGACAUUCACCCAUGUUUUCAUUUAGCAUGUUUGCGGUAACAUCCAUGAGGGGUAUCUGAAAAUGAAAAUUAAG